CUUACUGGUAUUAUUUCCAAGAAGGUGGUUCUUUUAUUUACAGAAACAUACAGUGACACUAUGACCAUAGUUAAGUAUAUAAAUAUUGCCACAUUAAGAUAUAACUUGCAAUGCUCAAUACUCAUUGUACGUGAUUAAUAUAUUUCACAUUUUGAUACCGCAUGUCAAAUAACAACAAAACAAGUGACAAGCACGUGUAGUCCUGUUGACACAGGCGAAGAUUUUCUUGUGUUUCUAUUUAUUAGAUGUUUACUGCACGACACCAAAAUAGUCCAGGGUGCUCGUUUCUCUGACUGCAUGCAGAUGACAAGUCUGUCAAGUGAAUGCGUGUGAUCGUGUGAUCAAGUUAAAACAGAUUCAGGAAGUUGACAGUGACACUUUACACAUCACGUUAUGUGUUUGUAAAUGGACAUGUCGUUGGUGUAAUCUUAUCUACAUAAACUUGCAUCAUGAUUACCGUGAAUGUGAAAUUUCACAGCAACUGUGCAGUCCUUGUUGAAAUUAACCCAAACAGCAGUUUACCUGAAAUCAAACGUGAAAUAUCAAAGAAGGUCAAUUUGCCACUGGAAGAAAUCAGGAUUAUUCUUGGUGGAAAAUUGCUGACAGAUGAUUGUGUGUUUCAAGAUUUGGAUAUUGGUGAUCAAAGCACUCUUCACAUCUUCCGACAGAUUUCAGGGCGUGAAAAAACUCUAACAUCAGAAGGUGAGGGGAGUGAGCUGAAAAACCAGUACUACGUAUACUGUAAGGAAUGUCAGUCUAUACAGCCGGGCAAGCUUAGAGUCAAGUGUGCUGUGUGCAAGGAUGGGGCCUUUGUUCUGAGCAGGGACCCUGAGGGCUGGAGCGAUGUGCUGCAGUCAAGGAGCAUGGGUGGGGAGUGUAAGAAUGGCAGCUGUGAAGCGACUGCUGCAGAGUUUGUGUUCAAAUGUGUGCAGGCCCACCCAGACGGCCUAUCAGCUGCCAGUCUACGACAUGUCCGACCAAACAGGCGGGAAGUUGAGUGCAUAACCUGUGCAGAUGUGAGAUCUCCAGUGCUCGUGUUUCCUUGUGAGUCGGGACAUGUGAUGUGCAUUGAAUGCUUCAAGUUCUAUGGAAUAACACAGCUGAGUGAACGCAGGUUCAUUAAGCACCCCGAGUAUGGGUACACCCUGCCUUGCCCAGCUGGCUGUCCCAACUCAGUGAUCCAGGAGAGCCACCAUUUCCACCUUCUGGGAGAUGUGCAGUAUGAGCGGUUCAACACGUUCGCAGCCGAGGAGUAUGUGUUACAAGAUGGCGGCGUGCUGUGCCCGGGACCAGGAUGUGGGAUGGGAUUCGUCCUUGACGCAGCAGGGAGAAAAGUCACCUGUGUUGCCAAAGACUGUAUGAUGACAUUUUGUCGUGACUGCAAGAAUGAGUACCAUGAUGGCCCCUGUGAUGUCAAUCCUCUCCUCCAACUUCCGACUCUGGACUACUCCGUGGACCCGCUCCAGGCCGACCGGUCCCGGUGGGAGGACCAGUCCCGGUCCCUGAUAGACCGCACCACCAAGCCCUGCCCCAAGUGUGGCACCAGGACAGAGAGAAACGGCGGCUGUAUGCACAUGCUGUGUCCACGGUGUGGGGAGGACUGGUGCUGGGUGUGCGAAAAGGUUUGGGACCGAGACUGUCAAGGCCAGCAUUGGUUUGGAUAAUGUCCGAAUCCUCCCACGUAGUAAAUAGAAUAAUAUGCACCUGAAGUUAAACACCAAGCUGCCUUAGUGUUCCCCAGACUUCCAUCAUUGGAAAAUAUGUAAAUAUGUAUAAAUGAUGUUGAUCUCAUGUUGUUUAAUGCCUAAGAUACCCCAGAGAUCGUGGACACAGGAGUACAAGAAAACUAUUCCCAUCAGACAUUUGGACCAAUCUCUUGAGACCUACAGCAGGUACCCGGGUAGAGUAAUGAGGGGGGGUACCAGCCCUAGGUCAAUUCCAGACGGUUUGCUGGCAACUACGACCUGCUUGAUAAUGGUAAUGGACAAUCUCCAGAUUUACAAUAAUUGUCCACCAAAUCCAAUCCAAGAGAACUGUUUGUGUGUGCGUAUAUUUAGAUAAGUUCAUUUGAUAAUGGUUUUGCUGUUAGUUAGAUAUUUGCUGUAAGCUUCAUUAGGCUUGAUGUAGGAUAGAACUGGUUGUAUAUCGGUUCUACUCAGUAGGGUGAUCAAAGAUCUACCAGGUAAUUGUUUUUGAUUUAAUGACCUACAAUGUGUCUACCUGUAGUUAUAAAUCUGGAAAUGUAAUGGCCAUCUUUAGAAAGUUCUAAGAGUAUUUUGGUUUCUUCUUGAGUGAGUGAGUUGGGUUUAAGUCUUAUUUGGGCCAAAUAUAUUUUGGUUAUGUCAAGAUGUGUCAGCCUAGAGGGUGCAAGUAGCCUGAAAUGAUGCAGGUGAUUGAUGUCUACCACUGAUGAAAGCACCUGACCUUUCUACUGCUGACAUAUUGUUGUGCCACCAUGCCCUCUGCUUCUUCCUGACAUCCAUUUCUAACAUAAUCAUAUAAUUGAAUAAGCCUAAAAUGUUGAGAGUUUUCAAUAUUUCGUUACUAACUAUAGCAUGCAGUGGUGCAUAUUAUAUGAAAGCGAAUUCAUAACAGUAUUGGUAAAAGCUGGACAUGCUGACCCCCCCACCCCCCGAUUAUUAUAAUGGUUGCCUCCUUAAUAACAGUAAAAUGUUUUGAGCUAAGGGUAUUUUCAUUUGCAUGCUUAAAUAUGUGAUUUGAUUUCUCUAAACAAUGGCAAAUAUGUAUUAUUGUAUGAUAAAAUCGAUUGUGUUACUUGGAUUGUAAAUUGAGCUUUACCAGAACACUUUUGUUGUGAGGAAAACAACAUUUUAAACUCCACUGGUAAGUUGGUCAACAGUGGUCUACAUGUUUUCACAUUUUUAUUGUCAGUUUACUUGGAAGUAGUUCGAAUUUUGAGUGAACUAGAAAAAUGACAAAUUUGAUGUGACGUUUUGAAUGUGGAUGAUCUACAUCGUAACCAAUGGAAUAAUGCUGGAAUUGAAUUUUGAGUGACGGUACAUUUCCAGUGGACUUUGCUUGUACCUUGGCCUCUAAAGUCAGGGCUUUGUGUGUUAUGGUGUGCUGUAUGUUAUAUAUACUGUUGUUGAUUUUAUACAAGAAGAUAUCCUUUGAUUGAUGAAGAUGAAAUAAACUAUUUUAUUUUUCA